AUGAAUAGUAAUAUUAAUAAUAAUAAUAAUAAUAAUAAUAAUAAUAAUAAUAAUAAUAAUAAUAAUAAUAAUAAUAAUAAUAAUAAUGCUAAUUUACUUAUAAUCAAUGGAAUACUAUUAUUAGAUACAAAAUCAAAAAGAAAAUAUACUGAAAUGGAUUAUAGUACAGUUGAUGACCCAGAAUUGGAUGAAAUUUAUAAUAAAUAUUUUCAAGUUACAACUAAAUCAAUAGAGAAUAAUUAUAAAUAUAUCUACCCAACUAAAGACACAGUAGCAGUUAGUAGGACAGUAUAUGUUAAAAAUAAAAUAAUCAAAAAAGAGAUAUACUUGAAUAUAUCACAAGAACAAAGAAAUGGAAUGCCAGGGAUUCAUCAAUAUUAUUUAAAUUGUGUUAGAAGUCAUUAUUUCAAUUAUACAUCUAUUAAAGAAAUAGAGAGACUAUUUAAUCCACAUUUCGGAGACGAUGAAGAUAACUAUGAUAAAAUCACAUAUGCCAAAAUGGAAACCAUUAGUGAGAAAUCAACUGUAAAUGGUAUCGGUAAGAUAUUUUAUUUAGAUAUCGUAAAUUUAAUACAAACUGUACUUUCCGAUCAAGAACAUUUCGAAACGUUUGGAUUGAACUCAUCUUACAAUUUUAUUAUGAUCCACGUCUUUUCAGACUCAUUUCAAUUUAAUAAAUCCAAGUCUGCUUUGGGAGUUUACAUUAAUUUAGACUCACCAAAUUUAAUACAAUCUAAAAAAGAAUUAUAUCGAUUUGCUAUCUCUGUAAUUAUUAAAGGAGUUAGAAAGAAAAUAAAAAACCAAGACAUGGUAGUUCUUUGUAUUAAUGAGAUAUUCAAAGAUUUAAUUUCUCAUGUAAUUUUAAAUACACCCAUUAUUUGUAAUAAAAAUAUAAAAAUAUUUUUAAAUAUUGGUGUAAUUACAGGCGAUAAUCCAGGUGUCCACGAUGCUAUCGGCAUGAAAUCACCUACACAGGCAAAUGCUUGCAGAAGAGCGGAAUGCAAAUAUAAAUGCAGAUGUCAAGUUUUAGAGGAACCUGUAUCAGUUGAAAGCAAUAUAAAUGGAUUUGAGGUGGAAUACAAAACAUACGUCAACAGUACAGUUAAAACAAACAUACAAGCAUUACGUUUAUCAAAUGAUAAACGAGAAUCAUAUGGUUUGUUACAAAAUAAUUAUCAAUAUGUUUCUGCAGAGUGCUAUCGAUCCUCUUCAUUUGUUAUAUCUUGGUAUAAACAAAAGACAUGUUACCGAGUAUGUAUAACAUGGCAGAGGGAACAAUUGGAUAUGGUGUUCCGUAGUCAUCCACCAGCCUACGGAGUCAGAAUUAAAGAUUUUGAAUUGAUUAAUGUUAUAAUAUUGUUUGAGAAACUCUGUUGUUUUAUGAACUAUUCAGAUCUUAAGAUACAAGCAGAUAUUGAUCAAGUAGGUACUAUGAUAAAAGAUCAUCAGCAACAAUAUUUUAGAUGGUAUGUUAAAUAUAAAGACUCUGGAUACUCAAAAAAAAAAAAAAUGAAAGAGACUAAAGAAACUGAAGAGGUGGUUGUUAUGGACGAAGAUGAAGAUGUUGAUGACGUUUGUUUUGAUGAAGACGACGAAGAUGAAGAUGAUGCUAAUGAAAAUUUAGAAAUAGAUUUUCCACACGAUACUAACUUUAAAAAUUUAAAGAAUACAUCCAAUGGUAAAAAUCGAAGUAAAUUCUUUUUACUAUUUAUGUUAAAACGUUAUAGUUUUUUGUUAAGCGGUACAUCCAACUUGUGGAAAUAUGAUCGUAGUGACAUUUUUGUUCAUCAUUAUAAAUCUGUAAUAUCGAACAAAUCUUUAUCCAAAGAAUUAAGUGAAUUCCCAAUUCAGAUACAGGCUCUAUUUACAUACUAUUCAAAUGGUAAACUGAUCACCUCUAUUACAAAAGGAAAGUCAAUUCAUAUCAAUGGUGACCAAGUAUUGAAAGGUGUUAAAGUAUAUGGUAUACCUCAACAUAAACCAAACUCCAAUAGACACCCAAAUGGUCACCAUUGUGCUUACACGUGCACUACCAUAAGGAGGAAUGCAAAUGAUGUUCAAACAAUUAUUGUUUAUUGUAACAUAGUUAGCAUAUGGAUAGUAAAGUAUUUUGGUGAGAAAGAGCAAGUUUUCUUAGAGGUUAAAAACCAUAGAGAAGUAGAGGAUUUAAAUUCUAAUAUAAUGAAAACUAGAAAUAUACGCUUACACAACAAUCUAUUUAAAAACCUAUCGCAACAAGAGAUCCAACAAAACAGUUCUUCAUACAUCGACAAGAUAGUUGAUUUAACAAACAAGAAUAUGAAGUUUUAUCAACAAACUGACCAGACAGUUUUUAUAAGUGCACAACAACUCCGCAACAAGAUCGAAUUAUGGAAUGACAUUUUAUUGGGAUAUGGAAAGGAUUAUUUUUUUAUUAUUGAUAACAAUGCAAAAAAAGAAAUAAACUAA